AUGGCGUCUUAUAAAUACGCACUUCCGCCCGUUUCCUCCUCUCUCCUUUUCGCUGCCAUCUUGGUGGUGUGCUGUUGCCUGUUCCUCGCUGUGUCUUCUCACAAGAUUUUCAGAAUCAAGCGAUUCCUGGCCAAGAAACAAAAGCAGAAUCGUCCCAUUCCCCAGUGGAUUCAGAUGAAAACUGGUAAUAAAAUCAGGCACAACUUCAAGAGGAGGCACUGGAGGAGAACCGAGCUGGGCCUCUGA